AUGACUCCGGCCGGCGAGGCAAGGUUCACGGAGGGGAGCCGCGUGAUUCUGCACGGCUUGCGCGCCAAUGAGAUCUUCAACAACAGAAGGGGCAAAGUUCUGAAGAAGCUCGCCCUACAAAACUCGCAUGGGCCAAUUGCGGCUUACGAAGUCUGCCUGACAGAUGGUCAGCUCGUGAAGGCCUUGGAUGCGAAUCUUGAUUUGGCCCCGCCUCUGGCCGAUGCCGAGGCCGAGGAGGAAUCCUGGAGCGAUGAUGGGAGCGACCAUGUCGACCUCGAGAACCUGGAGCGGGCGAAGUUAAUGGAAGAGCUCUUCCAACUGCUGGACCAAUCGCAAGAGGGCACUCUUAGGUCUCAAGCUCUCCAUCACCUCGCGGUGGCAUGUGGCUUCGAGGGAGGGCCUGUAAAGUGGGAAGAAGAGUACCAGGCCUUGUGCAAGCUGUUUGGCACCUCGCCUGGUGCUGGCUUCCAGCAGAUGGAGUUCGCCAAACUGCUCUCCAACGAGGCGCUUCCCACGUACUGUCCAACAGACGAGUUAGCCGACCUUGUCGCAAGCACACGCCAGCACAUCAUUUCUCGUCGUCAAGAGCAGACCACGUCAAAAGAAGACGAGAAGAGGCUGAAGGCGGAGCAGUAUCGAAAGGACGCUGUCAAGUUCAUCUUUAAGAGCCUGGACAUGGAUGGUGAUGGAUUUCUAAACGGCUCGGAGAUGCAACGAUUUGCAGAGCUCUGCGGCUUUGAUGACGAGUGGGAAGUGGAGUACGAGGUGAUGUGCGAACACAUGGGUAUUGCCAAAGAGCACGGCGCAAGUUUGGCUGACUUCCAUCGCUUGGUCAGCGAGCGAAAGAGCCAUGCCUUCUGCACCCGCAAGGACUUGCGGAACAUCGCCAGUCAGAUACGAGACCGGCGCGAGUCGAUCUCCCGCAAGCAAGCCGCCAUCCGAAUCCAGGCGUGCACACGGGGCAGUCUUACACGGAACCGGCUGCAGCGACAGCAAACCGUCGCAGCCGUCCGCGGACCUGCUCCCUCUGCGGUUCCUGAAGAGAAGGACCGCGGAGUGAUUGACGUGCCCGAGCCUCCACCGGCUCCUCCCGAAAGCGAAUCGGAGGACAGCUCGAAGCCGUGA